GCCCAACGGAAAUAAUGACAUCAGGAAAUCGUAGGCGCAGGCGAGAGACUGGCAGACAGGCAAAUGCCAACGGAGUGAUACAUCAAAGGGGGUGACACGGUGUGCUUGUCGAACUCGUCGAACCGUAUCGCGUCUCGCCGAUACCGUUUAAUUCUGCCAAUCUCGCGCGGUCGUACAUCGUUGCGUCGUCCGCGAAUUGCACGUCGCCGUUGACAAGCGGUUGAAGCCUGGUCGGUGCUCCGUUUUUCCUCUCAAAUCUCUUUCGAUGCCGGACUCAAUAAACAUUAAUACGAUAAAUAUGCCGGACCACUUUGGGCCAAUCACUCUGAAGUGGGAUCCCAAGAACUUGGAGAUACGGACUAUGUCCGUGGAGAAGACCCUGGAGCCGCUUGUGCUGCAGGUCACCACGUUGGUGAACACGAAGGGUCCCAGCAAGAAGAAGAAAGGAAAGUCAAAGAGAGCGAACGCGCUUGUCGGAACCGUGGAAAAGGCCACCGCCAAUUUUAUCGAGAAGGGCGAGAAGAUUGCCUAUGAAAAUCCGGACAUCACAGCGGAAAUGCUAAGCGCUGUGGAGGAAGUGAGGAAAACGGGAGCAGCUAUGAGCAUCGCUGCCAGAGAAUUUUCCGAGGAUCCGUGUUCGUCCUUGAAACGAGGCAACAUGGUGCGCGCCGCGAGAAACUUGCUGUCGGCGGUGACGCGUUUGCUCAUUUUAGCGGACAUGGUGGACGUUCAUCGGCUUUUGAAGUCGUUAUACGUUGUGGAGGACGACCUGAAGAAGUUGAAGAACGCCUCCUCGCAGGGAGAACUGAUCCAGAACAUCAAGGAAUUCGGCAGAAACGCCGCUGAAUUGAUUCAUCAGGCGGCCAAGCGUCAGUACGAGCUCAAGGAUCCCCAGCUUAGGGACGAUUUGGCGGCCGCCCGGGCCGUCCUGAAGAAGCAUUCGACCAUGUUGCUCACCGCGUCAAAGGUGUACGUGCAGCAUCCCGAUCUCGCGGCGGCCAAGGCGAAUCGCGAUUACGUGUUGAAGCAAGUUUGCGAAGCGGUCAACACGAUAAACGACGUUGCUCAAGGGAAAUCGCCGCCCGACAGCCAGCAUCCUUACGACGGCCCCGGCGAGCUGGCCGCCGCGUUGGAUGACUUCGACGAGAGGAUGGUGAUGUCGCCGCUCUCUUACAACGAGGUCCGCACGCGACCGAGCCUCGAGGAGAGAUUGGAGAGCAUUAUCAGCGGUGCCGCGUUGAUGGCGGAUUCGUCGUGCACUCGGGACGAACGUAGAGAGCGCAUCGUCGCCGAGUGUAACGCGGUCAGACAGGCGCUUCAGGACCUCCUGAGUGAAUACAUGAACAACUUACAGCGCGCUCGGGGUGGGAGACGGAUGGGUGUUAAGGAACAAUCUGAGGGCUUAGAGAGGGCGAUAGAUCACAUGUGCAGGAAGACCCGCGAUCUUCGCAGGCAGUUGCGCAAAGCCGUGGUGGACCAUGUAUCGGAUAGUUUUCUGGAAACCAGCGCACCGUUGCAGGCCCUGUAUGAAGCUGCGGAGAAAGGUUGGACCAAGGAGGUGGAAGAGUACGCAAUCAUUUUUACGGAGCACGCGAAUAAACUGGUGGAGGUGGCCAAUUUGGUGUGCAGUAUGUCCAACAACGAGGACGGCGUAAAGAUGGUUCGCUAUGCCGCGGCGCAGAUCGAGAAUUUGUGCCCGCAGGUGAUUAACGCGGCGCGUGUAUGGGCCGCACGAAACUCGGACGUCGCGAAGGACAACAUGAAGGUGUUCCGCCAAGCUUGGGAGAAUCAAAUGCGCGUCUUGACGGAGGCCGUGGACGACAUCACCACGAUCGACGAUUUCCUGGCGGUUUCCGAGAAUCAUAUUCUGGAUGACGUCAACAAGUGCGUCCUGGCGUUGCAAGUGCGUCCCGGUGACGCCGAUACCUUGGACAGACACGCGGGCGCGAUACUCGGCCGUUCCGCCAGGGUGUGCAACGUCGUGCAGGCCGAGAUGGACAAUUACGAACCGUGCAUCUACACCAAGCGAGUUCUCGAAGCGGUGAAGGUUCUCAGGAAACAGGUGAUGCCAAACUUCGAGCAACGAGUGGAGGAGGCCGUGAACGCGCUGCGCAGUAAUCCGGCACAGGAAGUGGACGAGAACGACUUUAUUGACGCGUCCAGACUGGUAUACGACGGAGUUCGCGAGAUCAGACGUGCUGUGCUGAUGAAUAGGGCGGACGAAGACCUGGAUCCUGAAGAUGUGGAAUUAGACGAACAUUACACGUUGGAAACGCGUAGUAAGUCCAGUGCUCAGACCGGAGAACACGGCGUGGACGAGUAUCCGGAGAUCAGCGGCAUCACGACUGCGCGCGAGGCGAUGAGAAAGAUGCCGGAGGAGGACAAGCAGAAGAUCCUGCAGCAGGUUGAGUUCUUUAAAAGCGAGAAGCUCAAGUUCGACAAGGAGGUGGCAAAAUGGGACGACGCCGGCAAUGACAUCAUCGUUCUUGCUAAGCAUAUGUGCAUGAUCAUGAUGGAGAUGACGGACUUCACUCGUGGUCGAGGCCCCCUGAAGACAACCAUGGACGUCAUAAACGCGGCGAAAAAGAUCUCCGAAGCUGGCACGAAAUUGGACAAGUUGACCAGACAGAUCGCCGAUCAGUGCCCGGAGAGUUCCACGAAGAAGGAUCUCCUUGCGUACUUGCAACGCAUCGCGCUCUACUGUCAUCAGAUGAAUAUAACGAGUAAGGUGAAGGCGGAUGUGCAGAAUAUCAGUGGCGAGCUGAUUGUUUCCGGCCUAGAUAGCGCAACCUCUCUCAUACAGGCUGCCAAAAACUUGAUGAACGCCGUCGUGCUCACCGUUAAGGCUUCCUACGUUGCGUCGACGAAAUAUCCACGACAAUCCACGGUAACGUAUUCUCCUAUCGUCAUAUGGAAGAUGAAAGCCCCAGAGAAAAAACCGUUAGUGCGUCCUGAGAGACCCGAGGAAGUUAGAGCGAAAGUGCGUAAAGGUUCGCAGAAGAAAGUGCAGAAUCCAAUACAUGCACUCUCAGAAUUUCAGAGCCCUACCGAGAGCGUAUAAAUACUUUAGAUGUAGGACCAUGAUGCACCAAUAUCAUUCUCUGAUCUUCGUUUAUAAUUGCAAAAAAAAUGCAAUGGUGGUAUAAGAUUUAUUAAUUCUAUGCCGAUGUCAACAUAAUUCGUUACUUAUCUAUGCGCUAAAUAUACAACAAUGCUGUACUUCCGAUUCACCUUACAGGACGUAUUAUUUCAGUAUUUCUGAUACAGGCGCAUAUACACAUAUAUUCUUAUAUUAUUUAGAUACUUUACGUAAAAUCGAGCCCUCGAUGGCUACCAUGAAGCGGAUGCCAAUAUAUUAUGUAAUAAAUCGGUAUCGCCUUUUCUAUUAUUAUAAAAUAAAUAUUACUUAUACUGAAGUUACUUUUAAGAUCAAAACAUUAUAACCAAUAUGCUGCCAAAUAUAGGGUGAUGCAUUUCUCAUAA